UGCGGUUUUAGACUUUGCUGAGUUAACCAUUCACACAUCGCAAAACAUCAUACUUGUCAACGUCAAGUUUGAAGUUCUUUCUGAUCAUAAUUCCUUCAUAGCUGAAAGACCACUAUGGCCAAGUCCAAGAAUCAUACAAAUCACAAUCAAAACCGAAAGGCUCACCGCAAUGGAAUUAAGAAGCCAAAGCGAAAUCGUCAUGAGUCGACUCUCGGUAUGGAUGCCAAAUUCAUCCGCAACCAACGGUUUGCAUUGAAGGGAAACAUCUCCGGAGCUGAGGCGAAGAAACGUUUUGAAGAAAAUAAGGCGAAACGGGCCAACAGACCCGCACCAAUUAAGCUAUAAAUAUUUUCUAUGAAAAAUAAAAACGUUAUAUGAAU